GCACGCGCAGUCCGCCCCGGCCUGGCGCUCAGGCCCACCCGGGUGGUCGCGGCCUUGACCUGUGCGGCUGCUUUGUCCGAGCCACCGCGGGACGCGGAGCUACUGGGGUCCGCGCCGGCCGGGCAGGGCCGGAGACUGAGGAGAACCUGACCCGAACCCACCGAGAUCGAGGGUAGCCGCCCACAGCCUUCGGAGCUGGUGCUGGGAGGCGAGGGCAUUGAUGAUCACUGGACCCACCAGUAUGUGGCAGCCAGAGCAGGGGCCCCAAGCUGAGUGACGUGGACAGGACCUGAUGCUCCCAAGACCACCAGGGCCAGUCAAGAAGAUGCGAAAACAGGCAGUGGCUCGGGAAGCGGGGAUGGAAGGACCCCUGCGCGAGGCUGGAGAAACCUGGAAACGAGAGGGUCAGGUCAGGGGCCGGCAGGAAAACCAGGAAAGCUGUUUGAAGCAGGAGGCCGUGGCCCACGGGGAAGACCCCGCCGGGGGCGGUGUGCGGGCGCAGGAUGAACUGGGCGGGAUCCCGGGGGCCGGGUCCAGCCCUCCCCGCGCCCAAACCGACAGCAGGCCCCCGAGGCGCCGGGCGCCGAGAAAGAACGCGAAGCAGAGGAAGGCCGGCUCGGGCGAGGAGGAGCGCGGGGGCGGCCCCCGGAAGCCGUGGAAGUGUGCGGACUGCGGCAAGGCCUUCAGCUACUGCUCGGCGUUCACCCUGCACCAAAGAACGCACACCGGCGAGAAGCCGUUCGCGUGCGCCGACUGCGGCAAGGCCUUCAGCCAGAGCGCGCACCUCACGCUGCACCGGCGCACGCACACGGGCGAGCGGCCCUACGCGUGCGCCGAGUGCGGCAAGGCCUUCAGCCAGGGCUCCUACCUGGCGUCGCACCGGCGCACGCACUCGGGCGAGCGGCCCUACGCGUGCGCCGACUGCGGCAAGGCCUUCGCGCGCCCCACGCACCUGGCCCAGCACCGGCGCGUGCACACGGGCGAGCGGCCGUUCGCGUGCGGCCGGUGCGCCAAGGCCUUCCGCAGCCGCUCGUCCCUGCGGGAGCACCAGCGCAUCCACACGGGCGAGAAGCCGUUCGCGUGCGCGCGCUGCGCCAAGGCCUUCCGCUUCUCCUCGGCGCUCCUCCGCCACCAGCGCACGCACACGGCCGAGCGGCCGUACGCGUGCGGCCGGUGCGCCAGGGCCUUCACGCAGAUGGCGCACCUGACGCAGCACCGGCGCGUGCACACGGGCGAGCGGCCCUACGCGUGCGCGGACUGCGGCCGCGCCUUCAGCAACCGCUCGCCCCUCGCGCAGCACCAGCUGGUGCACACGGGCGCCAAGCCCUACAAGUGCCUGGAGUGCGCGCUGGCCUUCAGCCACGUGUCCUCCCUCCGCGAGCACCAGAAGCGCCACGCGGGCGAGCGGCCCCACCGGUGCGGGGAGUGCGGCAAGGCCUUCAGCCAGGGCUCCUCGCUCUCGCUGCACCUGCGCACGCACACGGGCGAGCGGCCCCACGCGUGCCCCGAGUGCGGCAAGGCCUUCCGCAGCCGCUCCUACCUCAUCCAGCACCACAUCGUGCACACCGGCGAGAAGCCGUUCGAGUGCAGCGGCUGCGGCAAGGCCUUCCGCUUCUCCUCCGCGCUCGUCCGACACCAGCGCACGCACGCCGACGGGGAGCCCUACUCGUGCGGCCGCUGCGGCGCCUCCUUCACGCGGCCGCAGCACCUGACGCGACACCUGGGCUCCCACCGCGAGGACGAGCCGGUGGGCAGCCGCGAGCCUGCGGACGCGGCCCCCGGCCGGCGGGGGGACGAGAGCUGACGUUCCGCGGGGGCCUCCCGCAGCGCGGCGGCGCCGGGCGCGUUCACACCCCGCUUCCGGCCUCGCGGCGCCGGGGGCACAGCCGCCGGCCUCCCGGUGCUGCCCGUGAGGACCCCGAGGCUCAGGGAAGCUCGGUGACG